CAUACAACAGUCAUGGCUUCAACCUCGCCCUACCACCUUGCCCGGCCCAUUCACCUCAUCAAGUCACCCGCCGUAUCCGUCCCUCCGCCCCUCACGUUCCCCACCGACUUACACCCGCUCCCGCCAGAUCUGCACGCCUACUUCGUCUACCCCUUCUCCCUCGAGGCCUACGUGACGGAUCCCAACAAUCCAAAUUCUUCCACCAUCGAGGAGCUACAUAAGCGGCAUGUGCAGUAUCUGGAAUGGAGAAAAGGGGAGAAGGAGAGGGUAGAGAAGGAGAGGAUGAGGAGGGUGGCGCCGGGGUGGGACAGGGCGUCAGGACCGCUGCAGCCCAAGAGGGUGUCGCUGCUAGCCUCCAGUGACGGCGGCGGAGCGGCUUCUCAAGGAGCCUCUGGUGCUAGUACAAUUGCCGGUAGCUCUACAGACGCCACAGACCCACAGUCUCCCCCUUCGCAACAGAUGGACGCGAUGCAAGAGCUCGUCGAACAUCUCACCAAGCUCGAUGCGGCUGCUGAAGAGAGGCAAAAGCAGCAGGGUCAAGACGAUGCAUUGAUAUGA